CAAACGCUUCUCCGGCACUCAGUGCGCGCAGCUCGUGCCAGCAGCUGAGAAACCAAUAAGCCGCAAUCGAGACACUACACGGGAAUUAUACGAGCUUUUAACACGCGGAUACGGAUCUGACCUAAAGGGAAGGCCUAUGGGCAUUGUGGAUCACACCUAACGGAUCUGUGCCAGACCUGAGCUGACUGCAUCUCUCAUCAGAGGUGUUGACAAGAACUCUGACAUCAUUGUGAUGAACAGAUGUGACAGGACUUAAAAAGGACGAUCAGAACCAGGGUUCCAGGUAUAAAGGAAAAGGACAGGAGCUCUGUCUUUCGAAAUCUGAAGUGCACCGGUGCCAGCUGUAUAGGCCAGCCCAACCAGAACGCUGCAGGACAAUAGAGACCCAACCCAGAGACCUUACACGGCUAUCAAAAAUCAAAUAAUCAAGCUCAUUAGCUACCUUCCACCAAGACAACCUUCCCUGAAAAGAUCAACAGAAAAAAGGAAGUUGGAAGGGGCGAAACAAGAGUGGGGAGAAGGAGAAUUGUAUUCAGAGUGAAUGCUGACUGCUAUUUCUGCAGUUUUGUGGUGAGGGGAACAUCUCAUUUGGGAGCGAUUUUGCAUUGUGGAAAAAGGAUUUCCCUGUGCUCUGCCCAUUUGUCCAUAAUAUAAAUAUUCCAUGGAGAAAUUGAUUUGUCCCUUUUCCAAAAGUGCCCAACAAAGAGACAAAUUUUGGCAAAGCCCAGCAGCCAACUCUCUCACUUAAACCUCUCAGAUUGAUACCUCAAAUCUUGGAAUGCCUGAAAGUCUGUAGUUAUAGGAGUCCAUUAAAUGGAUCCCUAACAAUCCCCAAAGUCUAUAUCCUGCGAGUAUUCUGAGACACAUCUGAUCUUGAAGCUUUAUUGGACCAGUAGUUCCUAGACAACUUUCAUCAAGUCACAAGCUUACCUUUCAACACGAGAGGGUUACCUUCACCAGCUGCUUUGUCCACCCUGUUUGGAUGCAUUUUUCCAGAAUUCCAAAAUGAAGCCCUUAACACCAGUUGGUUCACCCUCUCCACUGCGGCUCCUCAACAAGGGGCCAGAUUACCUGCGUAGGCAAAUGGAUGCAGGAAGCAGGGGUCACUCCAUCAGUGCCGUGGAGCGUCUUGAAGCCGAUAAGGCGAAGUAUGUCAAGAGUCAACAGGUCAUCAACACCAAGCAAGAUCCUGUGUUGGUGCCCUGCGCCACCCCUCCACCCCUGCCCCGUCGCAAUUUCACAGUGUCUGGUCCGUCAACACCCGUUCUACCUCCCCGAAGACCCUCGAUCCCUUUCUCUUCACAGGUUUUCACAAGGGAUGAGAAUGAGGAUGACUCCAGGAAGGAGAACUGUCAGAACGAGACCGUUGUGGAAACACACAAUCGCAACAAUGCGAACAAGCCGCCUGCACCUUCCCCUAGAACCCCAACCACUACGCCAUUAGUUGCCCCACACAGUGCGCCAAUAAUGCGUAGGAGUAACGGCAAACGCAUGCUGCGUCCAGACUCUCUGGUCAUAUAUAGACAGAAAAAAGAAUGCAAGAUUCCCAGCAGUGGUGGCGGAAACGGCAACAUGGAGGCCAAGGGCUACAGCUUCGUAAGAAGACUUUUCCAAGGUUCUAUGCGGGAGAAGAGCAACGGGAGUGAUGCUGCUCAAAAAAUGGUGAUAAACGAGGAAAAGACAUCCUCCUCUCGAGAUGGGGACUCUCAAAUGUCCUGGUCCAAUGAUAAAGACACUGUUGAUGGGGGAAAUGAGACUCGAAGAUCGAGUAGAUCCGACCAUGGGCACUCAGUGGUGGAGCCUCAAAAUGACAACACUGGAUUUCUGGAGAAGCAAUCGAAGAACGGCACAAUUAACUGUUUACGAAACAGUGUGGGUAACUGUAAUAAUAACGAUAUGGACCCAUGGAAGCCAGUUGUACCUCGAAUGCGGUCCAAUUUGAAACGUUCCAAGUCGGACUUAAGACUUCACAGCUCGUUAGCAAUGUCUGAGCAAGAGCGCUUCUUCGACUUCUGUGGAUUGGACCUAGAAAUGGUGGAAAGGCUUGGACCAGAGAACUUUCUAGCAGGGGCCAGUUCAGUUGACACGCUCUCACUUCUACUGAGAAGCGUUGGAGGUGGAGGCGGCUCGGAACCUAGUGAAUUUUCUCAACACUCCAGAGAUGGACUGUUCCAGGAAGAGCUAGCUGAGCAGAUCCCGACAGGUGUGUCCAUUAUUGAGAGAAAUGCACGUGUUAUAAAGUGGCUGUACAGUUGCAGGAAUGCAGCCAAGGAAGGCCCUAAAGAGUCCACUGUUUGAUUACCCUCGUAAUCUCAAGACUAUUCUGGACUGUUGCCUGGAGCAGUGUUCCAAUACUGAAAAACUACACUUAUGACAGAUUACGUUGUAUUUAUUUAAUGUAGAAGAUUUGUAUUUAAGAGAUUUGUUCAGCUUUUCACAACCAGUACAAGCUCAUUUUUUCAUGUUUAUGGUGAAGUGUGUAAUUCCAAAGAGAAUUGCAAAAAUAACGACAGUAAUAAAUAAAAAAAUAAAAACAGUUUUCCUAAACACUGCUCCUUUUAAUAUUGGUCAAACAGAUAGUCCCGCCCCCAAACUCACACCAUUGGUUGAGCCGAUCGUGCUGUGUCGGGCUGGUCUAGAUACUCAACAAACAGAGCAAAUUUUAUGAAGCGCCACAGAGUCACAAUGUUAACACUUUUCAGGGGAAUCAACCUAAUAGCGAACUUAAAGUUGUCUCUGCAUAUUAAAAAAUGACACACUUCACCUGUCAGUCACAGAUAAAGCUAAAUAGUGAUGCAUGAGUACUGAAUGAACCAUGUGUACCUCAUUUCCCAACUGUCCCAGUUAAGUUUGUUUGUUUCCUUUUUUUUUCCCCUUAAAUGCAGGCAUUGGAACAAACACACAGAGCACCCCUGUGGGGAUAAUAAUGCACUGAAUUGGAGAAAGAGAGAGAGAGACAGAGAGAGAGCUACAUACUGUACAAAAACCUAUCUUUAACACUGAGUGUAUGCAAACAAGUAUGCAGGGCCUUAAGAGUAACCUGAUUGAGUUUUAUUCAUUUUAAGCCAAAGAAAUGACUGUAUACUGCUGUACACUGGCUCUGUUCCAAACCUCAGCGAGCUGUCUCACUGUUUACUGUCUAUAUAGACAGCUGCCUUCUAAGGUAUCAUCCCAACUGAAACGAAACAUCAUUAGUAGGUGAAUUGAAACGCUCUACAUAGGCAUGAACUCCAUUAUUAUCCACGAACGAACGCCUCACUAUACUAAAUACAAAAGAGUUUGAUGUUGGCAUGUUGCUAAGCUGCUAAUUUAAAGUAUUAUUAAAGCAAAAACAUAAAUGACAAACAAAUAUUGGGUGAAAUAAUCUAUUAUUAAUCAGAUGGAACUAUUUUUAUCAAUACCUUCCACUGCUGAAUAAACUAUAUUUCUAAUCAUUGGAUUACAUUUUUUACUCAGCUAGUCAGAAUAUAUUCUGGGAUUGCCUUGGGCGUGAUGUUACAAGCAAAAUUGCCUUAGAUUAUGGGCCAAUAUGUAGUAUCUUGUAAAGUAACAACAUUGCUGCCAACAAUUUAGAACAGCCUUUGCGUCAAUAUGCAGCCUAGGUAGGCAGCUCACUAGGGUUUUGAACAGAGCCAUUGUUUUGCCCCUAGAGUGAUACAUUUGCGGUUUCAUUACUAUAUUUAAUUACUGCUUCAGUAUGCACUUGAUAAUAACACUCCUGUGUUUUAUACACAAAAGUAAACCAUUUAGCAAACUAGGAGACAUAACGGCACACGGCAGACAGAAACUCCCGAAGUAGAAAACAGUGAUCUGUUCCCAAACUAAAGGAGACCUUUGAAAGGUCCUCCCAACUAAACUCAUGAAUCAGUCACUGAUUCUCUUUUGUCGUAAUGAAUCCUGCCUGAUUGGAGGCAUUAAUCCAUCUCAAUGAUACCACUGAAAAAUGAAGCAAAGGUCCACUGUGGCAUGUACAGGUCAGUCUGCGGCCUGCAGACUAACAUGUACAAAUGCGAUAUGUAAUCUUUCCUUUCUAAAUUCCUUAACCUUUUGUGUGUGUGAGUGUGUGUGUGUGUGUGUGUGUGUGUCUCAUCCCCAACAUCAAAGAAGCAUCAGGUCUUCCAAAACACCCCAAAUCUCUCUCUCUCUUGGAUGUUUACAAUCCUAUUGUAAUUGUUUCUAUAAAGAAGAAAUUUAGAUUUCAAUCCAAAUAGAUGUUAUACAGAAAAUCCAAAUAAAGUCAUAUUCUGAA